AUGGCUACCAAAGACCAUAGUGAAGCAUCUCAAGAUUCUAACUCUACAUCUCCAUCUCUUCCUUCGAAGACAUCACUCAAGUUCUCGUUACCUUCGUUUCCAGCACAAGGAUCAGAAGCCUUCUUGCCUCUUCAGGAGACGUCUAAGCCACAAGACGUGCAGGUCUCGUCAUAUUCAAUCUCGCGGAAGCCAGUAACCAUACCAACAGUAGACCCAAGCGAAGGCACGUACGUACAGGAGAGCCCGUUGUCAGCAGUGCAUGUGCACCCUCCAUCGGACUGGUCUCGACCGGAGCCAUCUUCCGUCCCUAUCGAAGACCAUGGAUCGCAGAUCUCUCCCUGUCACUCGAGGAAUCCCUCAGGCCGUCAAUCGAUAGAUGAUUACCCCAUUCAGCCGAACCCGCUCAAAGCUCCGCCUUAUGCUCAGGAAAUGCCUAUUCGCACAAUCGGCUACACAGCGAGUUCCAAUUCUGCCAAUCGUGCACCACAAAUGCACAGAAGAGGCAAAAGUCUCCCGGAUGCACCAGGACAACUGCCUGCUUCGACAUCUUCCCCUACGCGGCUUGUACCAAGUAUUGCGAGGGACGCUAAUCCGCAGUCUGACUAUUUUCAGCCACUUCAAUACCAUCACCAGACGUUCGAGCAAGGCUCAUUAAGGCCAUUUGACAAGCGGGCCUCGAAGGUCACGAUGCGCUCUACAUACUCAGAUGGCUCAUCCAAUAGUGAUCCAAACCUCCGGAAUGAGCACCUCGCGCCUUCAAUUAUGCGCAACAGCUUUGCCGGCAGAUUACCCCGUCCAGAUUCCGCAUAUUCCUCAAUUUCCGAUGUUGCUCAGAGCCGCGGUCGCUCUCCUCAGAUGUCGCCGAACAGCUACGCACGAGCCUCACCCACACAUUCCGCUACCCGGUCCACAGAUAACCGGCCGCUUUCCUAUGUCGACUUACUGAAUGUGCCAUAUCCCCAGCCUCCUCCUGUUUCAGCUGAUCACCUGGACAAUCCGAAACUGCGGACGGCUAUUGGCAACAAUGCCUCGCUUUUAUCUACUCGGCAGACCUUGGAGAUGUACCGAGCCAAUGUUAAAAAGACCAACGAUCCUGCUAUCCAAUACGAAUUUGCCGUUUUCAUGAUCAGUGCUGCACAAGAAGUACCUCCGGACCCCGAAAGUGCAUCAUCGUCCGAGAAAUCUUAUGGGUCUACUCAUGGUGAUCUGCUGAAAGAGGCACGACAGAUCCUCCAACGGUUAUCCGAUCGGUCAUACCCAUUCGCGCAAUACUACCUGGCAGACGGAUACUCGUCUGGACUGUUUAGCAAGGGGAAGGAGGACUAUGAAAAGGCUUUCCCACUAUUUGUGUCUGCAUCGAAACAUGGACAUGCAGAAGCAGGUUAUCGCGCAGCGCUGUGCUACGAGUUUGGGUGGGGCUGUCGUGUGGACGCCGCAAAAGCAACGCAGUUUUACAGACAAGCGGCGAGCAAAAACCACCCUGGUGCUAUGCUUAGGCUCGGAAGAGCAUGCCUGGUCGGAGACAUGGGCUUAGGGAAGAAGUAUAGGGAAGGUGUGAAAUGGCUGAAGCGGGCCGCGGAGUCUGCCGAUUUCCAGUACAAUUCUGCUCCGUAUGAACUAGGGCUUAUGCACGAAAGUGGUUAUGGGGACGGCAUCUUUCGAGACGAGUCCUAUGCGGCCCAGCUCUUCACCAAGUCUGCAGACCUCGGGCACGCAGAAGCUAACUUCAGGCUGGGCGAUGCUUAUGAACACGGGAAACUUAGAUGUCCGCGCGAUCCAGCGCUCAGUGUACAUUUCUACACUGGGGCAGCGCAACAAGCGCACCCUCUGGCAAUGAUGGCGUUGUGCGCAUGGUACAUGGUGGGCGCCGAGCCAGUGCUGGAAAAAGACGAAAAUGAAGCAUACGAAUGGGCCAGAAAAGCUGCCGAGACGGGUCUUUCCAAGGCAGAAUAUACUGUUGGCUUCUUCACUGAAACCGGGAUCGGCUGCCGACGGGAUCCUUUGGAGGCCAACGUGUGGUAUGUACGAGCAGCAGAUCAUGGAGACGACAGAGCCAAACAUCGAAUCGCUGCUAUUCGAGCCGCUGCCACAGGUGCCAACCCUGUCACCGCAGCCCUGCCGAAAGGGAAGGCCGACAACACUAAGCAGAGUGCCGGCUUGGGCAUCAACGGUACAGACACCGACAAAGCCAAAAGCAAGAAGUUUGGCAUCUUCUAG